AUGGAGGAAACCAAACAACCAAGUGGAAAUUGCUCAAAGCUUUCAGAUAGAGAGCAAAACAUGGGCUCGAUCGAUAGGCUGAGCAGCUUGCCGGACGAAGUCAUAUGCCACAUUCUCUCUUUCAUGUCGACUAAACGCUCAGUGGCGACCAGCGUUCUGGGAAGAAGUUGGAGAUUUAUAUGGGCCCAUGUACCCUAUCUGAACUUCAAUGGAGACGAUUUCCAUUUCAGAAAAGAAGAAACACAAGUCUUGGAUAUCAUCCACAGGGUUAUAUUGCAGCACAAGGCAAAAAGAAUGGAUACUUUAAUACUCUGUGACCUCAACUGCAACGAGUAUCAACUGGAGACAUGGAUUACAACGAGUAUCCGGAAUCUUUAUCUUCAACUUAAAUUCGAUACAAUCCCUCGAUCCCUCUUCAUCAGCAAAAACAUUGUAGUCUUGAAGCUUGGUGUUUCAUGUAAUAGUAGAGUGUCACUCUCUGCUAUGGACAAUGUCUCUCUGCCUAGCCUCAAGAAGUUUCAUGCUUUUAGAGUUGUGUGCGAGAAUGAUGAUGCGCUUCCUCACUUUCUUUCUGGCUGCCCGUCACUCGUGGAGUUGAUUUUGGAAUUCAUCUUUGUGGAGAAAGAUGAUUAUGUGGGCUGCAUAAACAUAUCAUCACCCACGAUAAAGAUGCUUCACCUCAUUCCUCUCGUCGCUUUUGGUAGUACCGUUGAAUAUAGGGUGAUAAUAAAUUCCCCGGCCCUUAGGUAUCUCAAAGUGGAUGGCUAUGACUUGAAGUGGAUAACAAUUCCUAUAACCAUGACCUCCUUAGUUGAGGCGAACAUCCGCUUAAAAUAUUACAAGUUCUCAAAUCUAGAAACGAAUUACAAUUCCACGGUGGUGAAGUUUCUUCGUUCUCUCCCUUGUGUAAAGUGCCUAAAGAUAUCAGGUCGAGUAUUUAAGAAGUUUGGUCGUAGAGGACUUGGUUCAAAUGUAAAGUUUGAUAAUUUAACUAAACUUGAACUCCAAUUCAACUUCAAAUGGAGUUUGCUUGUAAAGUUCCUUCAAGUUGCUGAUAAUCUUCAAGUCCUUAUUUGUUCUAGGCGGGUUUAUUUUGAAGAGGGAUAUUUGUUUCCGGAGUCCGAACAAGUGCCUAAAUGUCUAUUAUCGUGUCUGAGAACUAUAACAUUUAAGUCGAUGCGGUUCAGUGAGUAUGAAUUUGACAUGGUAAGAUAUCUUUUGAGGAAUUCUCGAGUAUUGGAGAGGAUGGAAACAUUUAGCUCACCUUAUGAUAUAUUUAUUGGUCGGGAAACGAGAUUACAAGCGUUUAAGAGAAUUUCUUUGUUUGAACGAGGAUCCAACGCAUGUCAGCUUACCUUCCACUAA